AUGCAUAGCUCUGUUUGCAACCACCACCCCGCAUCUAGCAAGCUGAUGAAGAAUGAAAGUCACAGUCUUCGCAUGAAGCAGCUUUCAGAAUCAAACCAUCCUCAAUACCAUCGCUCACAGCAAUCUACAUCUUACGACAUGGCCUUUCAGGAUGUGGCAGAUCAAUUAAGUUCCUUGAAUCUCUCGACGGACGAGUAUCUUCUUUACAACCCGAGUGGAGGAAAAUCUUCCUUCUUGAAAAAGUUGGACAACAUUCCCCGGUAUUUGUUCAGGGUAUUCACUCCGAAGUCAGCUGCGACAACCGAUGAAUCAUGGGCCAGGUCUUGGAACGCCAGACAUGAAAUUCCGGCCAGCAAACUGGAUAUAUUUGCAAACACAAACGACAAAGCAGUAGCGGAUAUGGUACACAGACAUCUAAUGUGGCUGAAGGGUGAAGACAACUUUGUAUCCUGGACAAGCUCGCUCCUAUUCACUCUCGUGUAUAUAUUCCACUUACACGCCAACCGCAACGAUGCCUCCAAAUUCGAUGAGAUCAACCUCUGCAUAAUCGACACCACACGCUUUCCCAGAGCCGUCUUUAUCCGGGAUCUCGACCUCAUCGACGCCUACCGCGCAUUCGACGACAAGCUAGCCCAGACGCAGCUCCUACGAAGGCGAACGUGGGGCGGGCGGUUGUAUUUUGGAGAAUACCUGUCUCAAGGCGAACUCAAGAUUAAAGGCAAAUGUGCAAUCAUCUCUGCAGCUGCGAUGAUUCAACGCGGUCUAUAUUAUUUACACCCAAGCUUUAGGGAGUUUGCGCAGUGGCCGAAGGAAUAUAGACCACCGUGGGUUCUUCCAGUGCUUGAUCUUCGCGAAAACAUUGAUCGGAAUACUACCGAUAUAUGUACCCCAGUUCUUCUCAGAGGAUUCACUGCGAUUAUACAGCUUUUGGAAGCACCGUGGCGUUUACCCACGGCGAUCCAUCUCAUCGCCUCGCUUUCCCACUCGACAGAAGAUGUCUCCAUCCUAGGAUUCUUCAAAGGAGAUUCCUUCACAGGUCUUACUCCCCACUGUCCCAAUCACCAUACCAACCCCUAA